AUCGCCAAUGACUUAACUAGCGCUAACUACGCGAGGUUAGAUCUGUGGACUAGACCAGCUCUGUGAGAAUCGAUCCAUUUACUCACUUGAUUUUAGCCGGGCAUUAACCUCUACAACAAGGAUUAAUACAUUGAACUCGACAGAUAUUCGCGGAUUAUUGUUUAAUAACACAAGGUCAGGCUGACGCCCCCACCAUGUUCGCCCCACCCAGUUCCUGGCACCCCCACGUCUACAACAAGCCCCCUCGACGCCUCACCUCCUUCCUCAUAGCGGACAUCUUGGGUGACGUCAGAGACGCGGACAGUCGAACUUUGGACUCGCGAGGGUGUGCCUACAGCGAGUGCGGCAGGUUGUCAUGUCCAACAACUCGCUGCCCCACCAUCGCCGGCCUUCACCUCCGGCACCACAUACACCACCAAGGUCACGGCCACCGAGAGCUGGUCCAGCUGAACAUGACACACAACCACCGCGACCACCAACACGACCACCAGCACGACCACCGCACCCAGCCGGACCACGCCGACCACCAGGAUCAGCUGCACCGUGACGGGGAGAACUCAAGGUCAACCUGCAGCCCGGCAUGUGGCUCGCCGUCUUCCUCGUCGUCUGAGACAGAAAUGAUGGAGAAGAAGAGAAAGAGCGAGGAGGAAAUGAAGGAAGACGCCAAUGGAAUCAAGAAGAAGAAGGCGAGGACCACCUUCACUGGGCGCCAGAUUUUUGAGCUAGAGAAACAGUUCGAGCAGAAGAAAUAUUUGUCGUCUGCUGAGAGAGCCGAGAUGGCGAGUCAGCUCGCGGUCACUGAAACUCAGGUAAAAAUUUGGUUCCAGAACCGCAGGACCAAGUGGAAGAAACAGGAAAAUAUUUCCAGCGCGGAGGUGGCGGAACACAAACUUAACGCGGAGAAAAACGUCAUCAAGGCCAAGAACCGAAAGAACACGGAGCCGCGGGCGGAGAUAUCCAUGGAGCAUCGGCUGGACUUCGAGUCCAGAGGCGUCCUCAGUCACCUGAACACCCUGGUCUCCCGGGAUGUGUUAGAGAUGGCGGGAGGGGUGCCGCCCAUGAAAAAAGACUUGCACGAUUCAUCCAGAAUCUGCGCGUACCAGACCAAGCUUCAUGACGUCAAGGCUUUGGAUCUUUGCGGAGUUGCCGCCCAUUCGAUGUUUUCUUCAGCGUUGAGUUCCGGCGGUAAAGCGGAAGUCCCGGAAGAUCUGAGCAUGCGCGAGAAAGACGAAAACAGGAAAAGUCAUGCUGGUUAUAACCAGGUCAAACAUGGAGAUUCACCUUUAAACCGGGUAGGGUCAAAUGUCAAGGACGUUUUAAUAACAUCGAUUGACCGCGGGUUUGGGUUGUCGGGUUGUCGGUCUGACGAGGACAUGGACGACGCUUUCAUCUCGUCGCCAAAGUCCAGGUUCGACGCCGAGGAUUCCAAGUCGCCCCCGUCCCCGUACCAACACAGCAUCCGCUUCGAGCAGCGGGUCCCGACGCUAACCGACUCGGCCACCAGCCCUUCCCCUCCACCGUGUUCCGACAACACUGACAGCCGAGAGAGUGACGUCAGCCCCGCUAACGGUGCCAGCUCUGGGGAGGUUCCAGGCGAGUCGGUGGUCUCCGGGCAACCUGAGGUGGGCUCUCAGCAGUCGGAGGUCAAACACACCUGGCAAGGUGCGACAGGUGCCGAGUCAGGUGAGGCGAUAGACGUCACGGAUAAACCGGCAGUCAAGUCUGAAUGA